GGUGGAGCGCAGAGUAAGUACAAUUUUCCGAAACUGUGCAGAUUGUUAGAUAUUUGCCGAUAUGGGUAAUUUUCGCGUGCUUGUUUUUUUGGGAUUGAUUGGUUGUGCGCUAUCAAGCGUUCCUGAGAGGAGUGCAGACACGAAUACUGUUUUCUUCCGUUUCUAUGCUAGAAAUGGUCGGCAUAUAGAUAUCAAUAUCCGAGAUGCAGCAACAAAACUGCUUCCUUUGUUGGAUAAGAAUCAAAUGACAACGAUCUAUAUUCACGGGUACACAGAAAGUGUAGACGCCGAAAGCGUCGUAACGGUUACGGAUGCCUACCUAUCAUCAGGUCUAACAGGAAACAUUAUCGCAAUUGAUUAUAGACAGAUUGCAGACCGAAAUUAUGUAGUCGGAGUGAUAAAUGUUGACAACGUAGGCAAGGCUAUAGCUGGUGUUUUGAACAAAUUGAUAGCGGGAGGUUUGAACCCAAAGAAGAUCCAUAUUGUUGCACAUUCUUUGGGUGCACAAGUUGCUGGGCAUGUAGGAAAAUAUGUGACCAUAAAGAUUCUUAGGAUAACAGGCUUAGAUCCGGCUGGUCCCGCAUUCUAUACGGGAAGAUAUUUGAGGAAAUCCGAUGCUUUAUUCGUCGACAUCAUACACACCGACGCAGGGAUCUUCGGUGAAACACAUAACGUUGGCACCGUCGAUUUCUGGCCGAAUAAAGGACACAGACCACAAGCUGGCUGUCCUUUAAUAUCUUUAUCGCAGAAGGAUGAAGCUCAUUGCGACCAUCAUAGAUCCUGGAGGUAUUACGCAGAAUCAGUUAGAAGACCAAACGCAUUCUUGGCAGUCAAAUGUGAUAAUAGCGAAGAGUUUGAUAGUGGGGCAUGUAGGCAUGCGAACACUAUUAUUAUGGGAUGGAAAACACCGACUACUGCGAGCGGCACUUACUAUCUUAGGACAAAUUCAAAAAGUCCUUUCGGAUUGGGAAAACGGGGAAUAUAGUGAUACCGUUUUAAUUGAAAAUGUAUUUAUGUAUCUAAGAAAUUGCUUAUUCACAUAUAAACCUGUAAUUUGAACAUUAUAAAAAAGUAAUAAAAAAUACGGCAAUUUGUAUAGAGUCAAUAAAAGAAGCAUUUAAAGAAU